AUGAGUUUUCUUAGAGCUGGAGAAGAAGCGUUCGUAGACAAUAUGGCAGAUCGUGUCAUUAACGAUAUUAUUCCAGGUGGCAGUGGUUUGGUUGGUGGCACUGUUCAAACUGGUGUUGAUCAAUUUGUCAAUAAUGAAAUUAACAGAGAUUUAUUUGGUGGUGGACUUGGAAGUGGUGGUGCACCUGGAACUGGUGGUGGAUUCUUUUAA